AUGGCAAACAAAGUCUUAGCCACUGAUCCCAUUCCGAACGAGUCUACACUGCUCAUACCCAAGUCUCCAGAUCUUGAAAGGUCUUCCAGCCCAUGUAGAAGAGCCAACGAUGAUUUUGAAGAUGCAAAGUACUCCAACAAACGCCUCGAUCUGACUGAAUUUGCUUUGCUCCUUCGAGGAAGCACACCAGUCAUCUUGGCAUACACGUUACAAAACAGCUUGCAAACCAUAUCCGUCCUGAUCGUUGGACGGUCCUCACCAGAAAAUCUGGCGACGGCUGCAUUCUCGUACAUGUUUGCCAUGUGUACAGCGUGGCUGAUUGCUCUUGGAGGAACCACGGCUCUCGAUACCCUGGCAUCUUCAUCGUUUACAGGGAGCACUAACAAGCAUGAUCUUGGGAUCCUACUGCAACAACCUGUGUUCCUUUUCCUCGGCCAAGAUCCGAAUCUGUCUAGAGACAGUGCAAGGUUUUUGACUUGCCUUAUCCCGGGAGGACUGGGGUACAUCUAUUUUGAAGCUAUGAAGAAGUACCUGCAGGCUCAAGGAAUCAUGCGUCCGGGAACGUACGUCCUUUUGAUAACUUCACCAGUCAACGCAGCUCUCAACUAUCUCUUCUGCUACACUUUUGACAUAGGCCUGCUGGGCGCACCGAUUGCUACAAGUAUAGCAUACUGGCUAUCGUUUGCUCUACUCGUAUUGUAUACUCGCUUCAUAGCCGGAUCAGAAUGCUGGGGAGGCUGGUCUCACACAGCAUUCCAAAAUAUCGGCACGUUUGCUCGCCUAGCUUUCUUGGGCAUCAUUCACGUUGGCACUGAAUGGUGGGCCUUUGAAAUUGUGGCACUAGCUGCGGGUCGUCUAGGGACCAUCUCACUUGCUGCGCAGAGUGUGAUAAUGACCGCAGACCAAGUCAUGAAUACGAUCCCUUUCGGUGUGGGCGUCGCUGCAUCUACAAGGGUUGGAAAUCUCCUCGGCGCUAGGAAUGCUCACGGUGCUGCGCGCGCCGCCCAUACAGCUGCAUUUCUUAGUAUCCUGCUCGGCGGGGUGGUCCUCGCCAUACUGAUGGUUACACGAAACUCGUUUGGACGAAUCUUCAACGACGACGAUCACGUAGUCCGUCUGACCGCCGAGGUUCUUCCCUACGUGGCAUUGUUCCAGAUUGCAGAUGGGCUAAACGGUAGCUGUGGGGGCAGUUUACGAGGAAUGGGUCGUCAGCAUAUCGGAGCACUUGUCAACCUGGUUAGCUAUUAUGGUGGCGCGUUACCACUGGGUAUCUGGCUAGCCUUUCAUGGCUGGGGUUUGAAGGGAUUGUGGGUUGGUCAGUGUAUUGCGUUAUAUCUGGUUGGGGCUCUAGAAUGGAUCAUUGUCUAUCUGAGUGAUUGGGAGAAAGAGGUGGAUAAUGCGUUCAAAAGGUUGGACGUGCGACUUCAGCUUGAAGAUGGUGAUGUCGAUACGCUGGUGUAG